CUCUCUUUUUCUUUUAUUUUCCUUCUCUGCCAUUUUAACGUACCUACUGUUUUUGCUUUUUACACGAUGCUCCCUACGUCCGAUAGCGAGCGCUUGUUGCGGAUCGAUCUCGAGAACGACCAGCUCGUCAUGUACGGAAGCACAACAGAGUCUUCCGGCUGCGUCUUGCGCGGUGUUGUUUCGCUCAACCUUGUACAGCCGACCAAGGUCAAGACUAUUGCACUGCAUUUUUCUGGUAACAUCAUCAAGCGACAAGUAGUGCAGCUUGGGAAUGGACACGAACGCGUGUACGAAGACGACCACAACAUCAUUUGCCAUACAUGGACAUUCUUACCACGCCAUAAUAAUAACGGUGGUGCUCAGCAGAUGCACAACACGCUGGGAACAGGCACCCACACCUACGACUUUGAGCUACCAUUGCCAGGACACCUGCCUGAAUCCACGCGCGUAGGCAACAUUUACGUCGUGCAAUACACUCUGAAGGCCGUGGUGGAGCGACCAGCGUUUUUUGCCCGCAACUAUAUAUGCCGACGGACGAUCCACGUGGCUCGCCGACCCGAAGAAGAGGAAGCAUGGAGCAUGAUGCCCGACUAUACCCUGGAUCAGCACCCUGUGGCAAUCGCAGAUCACUGGGCCGACAAGCUCAGCUAUGCCUUUACUGCACCCAGCAAAACCGUUCCUCAGGGUGGCCAGGUCCAAGUGUCGGCCACCAUUGCCACCCUGUCCGACAAAGUUCAAAUCCGCUACUUGUCUUGCUAUCUCAAGGAGUACAUGUCGUGUCGAAGCUGGGACAGGGAAUCGCCACCCCAAAGUAAACCACGGACACACAGCCGGAUCAUUCACUAUACCCAAGUGAAAACCAACUUUGAGGAUAUUAAUCUGACGUUCCCUGUGCCGACCUCCCCGGACGAUUGCCAGACCGAUUGCUUGAAUGAACAGGUGAAAAUUCGCCACCGGUUAAAGUUUGCACUAUCGGUCGUCAAUCCGGAUACUGGGAAUAUCUCAGAACUGCGGGUCAUGAUGCCCAUCAAGGUCUGUCCGCCGCACGAGCUCCAACACGACUAUUUGCCUGCGUACGAUGACCAUGCUUCCUCUAUUCCUUAUGAUCCCGUGGCAAUGAUUGCAUUGCUACGCAACAGACGGUCGUCGUGUAACAUUAACAGAAGUCUCGCAUUGCCUGGUUACAGUGCGAGAGCUCAGCAACCUACGCUGCCAAGCUAUGAAGAAUGUUCCCGGUGAACUGUAUAUGCCCUGCUCUUUAUCCUUGUCCCAUGUAUGUUUUCUCUUCUUUGUAAAUAGUAAUUUUAACCCCUCUUUCGCUUCCAAUAUAAUACCCACCAUCCGUCCCCUUAUUUCCAUUCUGCAUCAUCAUUACUGUCCAUACUGAUAAAAAUAAUAUAAUUA